UCCCGCGCGUGGGCGCGCGCGCGGAUGGUCUCUCUCGCUCGCUCUCUCUCUCCAACGUCCUGCGCUUCCAGCGCGGAACUCCUUGUCUGUCGGGCUGACGAGCCGGGCUUGGGCUGCACCGUCUUCCCCUCCCCGCCAGCCCUGUGAGCGAGAGCCGGCCGGCCGGCCGGCGGGCGAAAGCGGAGCGAGGAUCGAGCGAGGCAGGCGGCGACAGCGGCCAGCAGCCGCGGCAGAUCAUCGCGCCUCUUCACACAAGUGGCAGCAAGACUCUUAAGGAGGCGGCCGGGGGGAGAAGCCGCUCCCCCUCCCCCUAGGGGAAGUCAGCUAGGCAACCCGCAAAAACUUUUGAUUCCCCCCCGCCAAUCCCAGGGAAGUCUGGGCGAGCUGCAUUUUACUCCCAGUUAUUUUGCAGCGGGACAGAUUAGUUCAUUUGCUGCACUGCCCGUAGGCACAGUCAUCCUUCACUCGUUUUCAAAAAAAAGUAAAUGGCAAACGUUAAAAGAAAACCUAGAAUCCGAGGCAACUGCGAAUCUGCCUCCUAAUCCCGCAAACACAAUGAAUGAAAGAAGGGGAUGGAAGUUUGGGAACUGAAAUCCGGAGAGUGUAUACGGCUGGAAGUUUGAGCAAGUUUGACGUUAUUCGAGGACAGUCGGAGAUUCAAGUUCUGCUCUCUGUUGAGGGGGGUUCCUCCCCCUAACUUGCGUUUCAGUCCGGCGCUCGGCAGCGAGAGUCCAUUAAUGUAUCAGUAGCUCUCAGACCUCCUCGUCCAACCUUCGACGGAUUCUGGUCUGAACAAGAACUCUCCGCUUCCGAAGGAACUUGCAGGGAAUCUAGCUUCGGGGCGAGAAGGAUUCUAAACUGCGGAAUGACCAUGGCGAGGAAGUCUGCGCUGGAAGGAUGCCUUUUGCUGGCUCUUUUACUUAUGUUCAGCGCUGCAUCGCGGGCACAAGAUGAUGUGCCGCCUUAUUUCAAAACGGAGCCUAUUCGCUCACAGAUCCACUUGGAGGGAAACCGUUUAGUCCUGACGUGCAUGGCUGAAGGGAGCUGGCCUUUAGAGUUCAAAUGGUUGUAUAAUGAUACGGAGUUGACACGUUUCUCUCUAGAGUACAGAUACCUGAUUCCGUCACUGGAUCGGUCCCACGCCGGGUUUUAUCGCUGCAUCGUGAGAAAUCGUGUGGGAGCGCUGAUGCAAAGGAAGACAGAAGUGCAGGUGGCAUAUAUGGCAGACUUUGAGAGUGGCGAAAGACAUCUGAGAGUCUCCCAAGGAAAUGCUGCAGUUAUCAGGGCACCAAGAAUUUCCAGCUUCCCCCAACCCCAAGUUACAUGGUUCAGAGAUGGACGGAAAAUCUCACCCAGCAGUCGAAUAGCUAUUACAAUGGAGAACACGCUUGUCAUCCUGUCGACAGUCGCUCCUGACACAGGACGGUACUAUGUUCAGGCAGUAAAUGACAGAAAUGGAGAAAACAAGACCAGCCAACCCAUUACCUUGACCGUAGAAAAUACAGGUGCUCCAGCAGACCCCAUAGCUCCAGUUAUAAUUAUCUCACCAAAGAACACAAGUGUAGUCUUGGGCUCUCCUGAGGUUACAAUGGAAUGUGUGGCCAAUGCCAGGCCACUAAUUAAGCUAAAUAUUAGCUGGAAGAAGGACGGUGUACCACUGAGAAGUGGAUUUAGUGACCAUCACCGGAAACUGACAAUUCUCAACUUGAAAGCGCGUGAUGCUGGCUACUAUGAAUGCGAAGCCGUUCUACGAAGCAGCAGCGUUCCGUCAGUCAGCGCAGGGGCCUACUUGUUUGUAUUGGAACACCCACAGCUGGUUCUGGAACCUGAACGUCACAUCACAGCCGAAAUAGAGAAAGUGGUGGAUAUUCCUUGUCAGGCACAAGGUGUUCCCGCACCAGUGGUGAAUUGGUACAAAGAUGCGACACUGAUUACAAGGUUAGCUGUCCCCAGGUACAGAGUGCUGUCCAAUGGCAGCCUGCAGAUCAAUGGACUGAUCCCUGACGACACUGGCAUGUUCCAGUGCUUUGCUCGAAACGAUGCUGGCGAGGUGCAAACGUUCACUUAUCUUGCAGUUACCAGUAUUCCUCCCAAUAUUACCAGGGGGCCUUCAGAUAGCACCGUGAUUGAUGGGCUGUCAGUCAUUUUGUCAUGUGAAACACUGGGGGCACCACGGCCAGCUAUCACCUGGCAGAGGGGAGAGAAAGUGCUUGCAAGCGGGUCUGUCCAAUUACCUCGUUUCACGUUGCUGGAAUCCGGCAGUCUUCUCAUCAGCCCAUCUCACAUCUCAGACGCUGGGAGUUACACAUGCCUGGCCACAAACUCUCGAGGAGUGGACGAGGCUUCAGGAGAUCUCAUUGUGUGGGCUCGCACUCGUAUCACAAAUCCCCCACAGGAACAGAGUGUAAUUAAAGGGACCAUGGCUGUACUGACCUGUGGUGUGACCCAUGACCCUAAUGUGGCAAUCAGACACGUGUGGCAGAAGAACGGGGCUGCGAUUGACGUGGAUGCCAUCCCACGUAUGCGAAUUGAUGAAGUCGGAACAUUAUACAUCUCUCAGACCUGGUCAGGCGACAUUGGCUUAUACACCUGUAAAGUGCUGUCUGUAGGAGGGAAUGAUUCUCGCAGUGCUCAAGUCAGAGUCAGGCAGCUGCCCCAUGCCCCAGAAAACCUGGCUGCUCAUUUGAGCACAAGUGAAAAGAGAGCCAUUUCGUUGACUUGGGCAAAAGCUUUUGAUGGGAAUAGUCCCCUGCUUCACUACAUUUUGGAAGUGUCUGAGAACAAUUCCCCUUGGACAGUUCACCUGAUGAGCGUAAACCCUGAAUCUGUGGGACUGACUGUCAGGGGACUCAUUCCAGCCAGGUCCUAUCAAUUCCGUAUUUGUGCCGUGAAUGAUGUUGGAAAGGGUCAGUACAGUCGAGAGACAGAGAGGUUAUCACUACCUGAAGAACCACCAAGUGCACCGCCACAAAAUGUCAUUGCAAGUGGCAGAACAAAUCAAUCCAUCAUGAUCCAAUGGCAGCCGCCCCCGGAAAACCAACAGAACGGAGCUCUGAAAGGUUACAUUAUCAGGUACUGCUUAGCAGGAUUACCUGUGGAGCAUCAGUACAAGAAUAUCACCAGUUCUGAUGUUAAUAAUUUCCUCCUUGAAGACCUUAUCAUCUGGACCAAUUACGAGAUUGCUGUGGCAUCCUAUAAUGGGGCUGGUUUGGGAAUCUACAGCCCAACAGUCACCGAGUGGACCCUGCAAGGGGUUCCUACAGUGCCUCCGGGAAAUGUGCAUACUGAAUCCAUUAAUUCCACAACCAUUCGAUUCACGUGGACACCACCCAGUCCUCAGUUUAUUAAUGGAAUAAACCAAGGUUACAAGCUGUUGGCUUGGGAGCCAGGUCAAAUGGAAGAGUUCACUAUGGUGACAGUUCGGCCAAAUUUCCAGGAUAUGGUUCACGUUGGUUACAUCCGAGGCUUGAAGAAGUUCGCGGAUUAUUACACCUCGGUGCUGUGCUUCACAACUCCUGGUGAUGGUCCGAGGAGUCCACCCAAACUUGUGCGCACUCAUGAAGAUUACCCUGGUCCAAUCGGACAUCUCAGUUUCACGGAGAUCCUGGACACUUCGUUGAAAGUAAGCUGGAGAGAGCCACAUGAGAAGAAUGGGAUUCUCACAGGUUACCGAAUCUCAUGGGAAGAGUAUAAUCGCACGAACACACGUGUGACACACUAUCUGCCAAACGACACCCUGGACUACCGUGUCACCGGGCUGACUGCUCUUACUACAUAUACCAUUGAGGUAGCAGCUAUGACAUCUAAGGGGCAGGGCCAAACCUCUUCCUCCACCAUUUCCUCAGGUGUUCCUCCAGAAUUACCAGGCUCCCCCACAAACUUAGCCAUCUCGAAUAUUGGCCCCCGUUCAGUAACGCUUCAGUUUAGACCUGGCUAUGACGGUAAAACCUCCAUUUCUCGAUGGUUGGUGGAAGCUCAGAUUGGCGUAAUAGGCGAGCAUGAAGAGUGGCAUCUUGUUCAUCAGCUGGUCAAUAAGCCUGAUGCUCGCUCACUGGAAGUCCCCAAUCUCAACCCGUACACACAUUACAGAUUUCGCAUGCGCCAGGUCAACAUUGUCGGAAUAAGUCUGCCAAGUCAGUUGUCACGCAAAAUCCAGACCCUGCAGGCACCACCGGACAUGGCUCCUGCCAACGUCACCCUGCGCACAGCCAGUGAGACCAGUCUCUGGCUCCGUUGGGUGCCACUGCCAGAAUCCGAGUACAAUGGUAAUCAGGAAUCAGUUGGAUACAAAAUUAAAUACGGGAAGUCAGAUGGAAAUGGAUCCACACUCACACACAUUAUCCAUGACCGAAUUGAGCGGGAAUUUACUAUCGAAGAUCUCGAAGAGUGGACUGAAUACAGGGUGCAAGUGCAAGCAUUCAAUGCUAUAGGCUCAGGACCAUGGAGUAAAGAGGUCAAGGGUCGCACGAGAGAAUCUGUUCCUUCCUCAGGACCAACAAAUGUCUCUUCCCUUGCUGUCAAUUCAAACAGUAUCCUGGUCAAGUGGAACGAGGUUCCACAACAGAAUCGUAAUGGACUCGUCCUUGGCUAUAAGGUCCUUUACAAGGAGAAGGACUUGGAAGUUCCUAUGAAGUUCAAGACCAUUGAAGGCAACACUACACACGCUGUUCAACUUACUGACUUGGGGAAGUUUGUGCUGUAUGAGAUCCAAGUCCUUGCUUUUACCAGAAUUGGAGAUGGAAUGCCAAGCUUCCCACCCAUUCUUAAGAGAACCCUAGAUGAUGUGCCUGGACCUCCUGUGGGGAUUCUGUUUCCAGAGGUUCGAACAACAUCUGUGCGUUUAGUUUGGCAGCCUCCAACAGAACCUAAUGGGAUCAUUCUGGCUUACCAAGUGACGUAUCGAUUAAAUACAAGUAGCACGAAUACCGCCACCGUUGAUGUGUUGAAUGCAAGUGCCCGCCAGUAUACAGCUAUUGGACUAAAGCCAGAAUGCAGUUACGUUUUCCGCAUUACAGCUCAGACUCGUAAAGGGUGGGGCGAAGCAGCAGAAGCCUUGGUGGUCACAACAGAAAAGAGAGCUCACCCGCAACCUCCCAGCAAACCUGUCAUACAACAGCAGGAUGUGCAGUCACGCAGUGUGCUGUUGUCAUGGGAACCAGGCAGUGAUGGACUAUCUCCAGUUCGAUACUACACCAUCCAAACUCUAGAGUUACCCAAUGGAAACUGGUCACUUCACUCAGCUUCAGUCAGCCAUGAGUCUGUCACAUAUCUUGUAGAGAGACUUAAACCUUUCACCUCUUACAAAUUCCGUGUGAAAGCGACUAAUGACAUUGGCGACAGUGAAUAUAGUGAGGAGUCUGAUUCUGUCACUACGCUGCAGGCAGCUCCAGAUGAGGCACCGGAAAUUCUCUCUGUGACACCACACACUACAACCUCUGUAAUGAUUCGCUGGCAGCCACCAGCAGAAGAGAAAAUUAAUGGAAUACUUUUAGGAUAUCGGAUUCGAUACCGAGAACUAGUUUAUGACAACUACAGAAGUUUUACCCUUCGAACUGUGGGUAAUCCCAGUGUUAAAUGGUCUGAACUAACACCAGUGUAUCAUGUUCGGAACCUGAGUGAUUCUUCACUAGCACAAUAUGAGCUGGACAAACUGAGCAAGCACAAGCGCUAUGAAAUCCGAAUGAGUGUGUACAAUGCAGUAGGGGAAGGGCCAACCAGCCCUCCUCAAGAAGUGUUUGUGGGUGAGGCAGUUCCCACUGCGCCAGCCCAAAAUGUGCAGGUGCAGGGCUCAACAGCAACGCAGUUGGACGUGACCUGGGAACCACCCCCACCGGAAGCACAGAAUGGUGACAUGCAAGGCUAUAAGAUUUAUUACUGGGAGUUCCAGCGACAGGCUGAGACAGAAAAAUUGAAGACACUCUUCCUCCCCGAAACCAAUGUUAAAUUGAAGAACCUGACUGGGUACACCACCUACUUGAUCAGUGUGAGUGCCUUUAAUGCUGCUGGUGACGGUCCUAGAAGUACACCGAUCAGGGGUCGGACACAACAGGCAGCUCCGAGUGCUCCAAGCUACAUUCGAUUUAGUGAAUUGACAACGACCUCGGUGAACGUGUCCUGGGGAGAACCAAAGUAUCCAAAUGGAAUAAUUGAAGGAUAUCAACUGGUUUAUGAGCCCUGCACACCUGUUGACGGUGUGAGUAAGAUUGUGACUGUGGACGUGAAGGGAAGCAGUCCCCGUUGGAUGAAAAUAAAAGACCUGUCAGAUGGUGUGACUUAUGCUUACCGAAUCAAAGCUAAAACGUUCACAUAUGGACCAGAAAUUGAGGCAAAUAUUACCACCGGACCAGGAGAAGGUUCUCCAGGUCCCCCAGGUGAGCCAUUGAUCUACAGGUAUGGUUCCGUCAUUACUAUUCAUUGGUCCAGUGGAGACUCCGGAAAAGCACCCAUCAGUCGCUAUGUCAUUGAAGCCAGACCAUCAGAUGAAGGUCUAUGGGAUAUUCUAAUUAAGGAUGUUCCUAAAGAAGUGACAUCAUACACCUUCAGCAUGGACAUCCUGAAGCAAGGUGUGAGCUAUGAUUUCCGAGUAAUAGCAGUAAAUGACUAUGGGUAUGGAACACCAAGUUCCCCUUCUCCAUCUGUUUCAGCCCAGAAUGCAACCCCAUUUUACGAGGAGUGGUGGUUCCUGGUGGUAAUCGCCCUAGUUGGACUCAUCUUUAUCCUCCUGCUGGUGUUUGUACUGAUAAUUCGCGGCCAGAGCAAAAAGUACACCAAGAAAACAGACUCUGGAAGUAACACAAAAGCAGGCACAAUGGCUCAUGAAGAAAUCUUGAGUUUAGACAAUGGGCGAUUCCCCGCACUGGAACUCAACAACAGGCGUCUUUCAGUGAAGAAUUCCUUCUGUAGAAAGAACGGUAUCUACAACAGAUCACCGCCACGGCCAAGUCCUGGUAGCCUCCAUUACUCAGAUGAGGAUAUCAGCACAAAAUACAAUGAUCUAAUCCCAGCAGAGAGCAGCAGUCUAACUGAGAAACCCUCUGAAAUGUCAGACUCUCAGGGCAGUGACAGUGAUUGUGAAGUCGAUCAGAACAGACCUAAGACACAUUCCUUUGUUAAUCACUACAUAAGUGAUCCUACAUAUUACAACUCAUGGAGACGGCAGCAGAAAGGCAUCUCAAGAAUUCAAGCCUACAGUUACACAGAGAGUGAAUCAGGUGAUCCAGCUCAUAGCCACCAAUCUGCUGCUAAUUCAACCAACAACAUCCAUGUUCCUCAACAAGGCAGCCUCUACCGAGUUAAGAGAAGUCUUACACCCACUCCCCAGCAUCACUCCAACAGUAGCAGCCAGCCAGGUACCCUGUAUCGACCUGCCAGCAGCCUUGCUCCAGGAUCUAGAACACCACUAGCAGGAUUUUCUUCUUUUGUUUAAAUAACGCAAGAAGAAGUUGUUAGUUUUGAAGAGUUAUUGUGUGGAAGACAAUCAGUAAUAUGCUGUUUGCAGCCUUACACAGAUUUUAUUUGGAGAUAUACAACACAACUGAAUGGAAAUGAACCUUUACAAGAGGAUCCAGGGAAACGUCCUGCCAUGGCUCCCGGAGAAAGAGCACUUAAACAAUUGCAAACAACGUGGAGGGUCAGACAGCUACCCACAGAACUAUUCAUUUUACCCAAUGGGCUUAGAUUCUGUUUGGUUGAAAAGUAUAUGAGUCCCAUGUAUGAUUAUACAUGUGAGAGAUAAAUAUAAUCCGAUGUUAUAGUAGCCAAUUGCCAAGUCAAAAAAUCUAGUGGCUAUUGUUAAUUUCAGUGUGCCCAUUUUAUAUAAAACUGGUUGAAUUUAGUUGCUUUCUUGACUAUUUGCAACUAUUCUGAUUGGCGAGUUCUUAACUUCAUUACUGCUGCAUGACUGCUACGGUGUGAGUCCCCAAUUAGCUAGUUUUCUGCGCUUUCUAAUAUUAUAGUGUUAAUAAUUUUGUCAUUUCUUUUAAAAUAUUUUCUUUGAACAGAUCUUCAGAUUCAUAUCUGAAGAUAUGAAAGUCUGUCUGCCUUUUCUUUGUCUGUUGACUUGUGGUUGUAAUUCACGAAGACAAAAAAAUGUUUGCAUGAAUCACAAGACAUUAUUGGCCAUGUGUUCGUAAAGUUAGUUAUUGUGUUUUUUUAAUAGAAUUACAAAAUGCAGAAAGUGUUCCCUCAAAAAUAAGGCAAGACAUCUGUCCUUAGGUUUAAAAGCGAGAUAUCUAUGAAAUAUCCUAUCUGUAGAAGCUAAUGGGUGAAGGUUGUCAGUAGAUUUUCUUCCACAAUAAUAACUGUUAUCAGGAUAAGGUAUUUAUUCAUUCCAAUAGCAUAAGGCACAAAUGUUUACUGUUUGCUAGUUGGGAAAUGGCUGCAUAUACUAUUAAAUUCAAUCUAGUUUACAGCAGAUCUCUCAGAUUAUGUUAAUAAAAUUCAAAAGUAGUUCAGGCACAUUUUGUUAAAUCCUGUCAUCAGUCUCAUGAAAAGUCCACUUAUUUGUAAGGAGUCAUAAUGAUUCUGCCAUCCCUCUUCAUUUCUUCUGCUUAGUUAUUUUGCUCUGAUGUAAAGACUAACACUGCCAUGUAGGGCCACUGUACAAACUUUAAAGAAAGGUAAAGUCACAAAAUAUAUGUAGGGAUAUUGAAUUGCCAAAAAGAACAAUGGUGUUCGAGCUGUAAGCAGCCAAAUAGCAGUGAUGUGGGUCAUUCUUCCAAACAUAAUUGCUGUAGUUGUAGAAGCCACUGGCAGCAACCAUUUUGCUUUUCCAACAGUUCUUAGCAACUUCAAUCCAAAGCAAUUCAUUCAGCAGAGGAAAGACAUUUGAAUUCCCAGGGUACAAAAAAUUUAUAAGCCACAUAUUGAACUUCUAAAAAUUGGAUGUAAUGUGGUCAUGUUAAAUUCUGACCUAUCGCUCAACAUUCUUUUUUUAAAAAAUGUACUUUAUUUUCUCAUUUUCCCACUUCACAGGCUUUUGUGAAAAAUACUAUCUUGCAGCUCUGAAUGACCAUAUUGGCUAGCUUGCAUAGUACUUAUUUUGUAAGCAAGAUUGAUGUCACAGAAGCAACUAAUCACUUCCAAAUCCAAAUUGAAGUUGAUUUGUAAUAACAGAGGAAUAUAUAUUAUCAUUAAAUACCAAGAGAAUUUUCUCUUGCAUGGUAUUUUGUGACCCGAGGGCGAAUUGCAGUCCUCAGGUCAGAACAUAGUCAUUUGUAUCAAAUUGAUGUUUAUUAUUAAAGAACUACAGGAAAACAGAUUGAUGGUUUUAAUAUACUCAUACUGGAAAACUUUUUGAUGUGAUCCUAGUGCAAAGUGAUUUUCCUUCCUUCUGAAACCAAAUCAAUAAAACAGAAAUGUAACACAUUCUGUACAACUGGAUGGCAGUUCAUCUUACUGCAAAAUUCAAAGGUAUUUCCUGUUCCUGUUCCGGUUUGCAAUACUUCAUUGUGGGAUAAGAUACCAGGCAUGGAACUGAUAUUGGAGAUCACCUCUCUAUUGUGAAAAGCUACCAUUUGUCCCCAAACUGAAUUAAUAAUCCUUAUACCACCAAGCAUCAUUCAAAGUCAGUACUAAAGCUGAUCAUUUUACAGAACUGUCUGAAAUGUAUUUAGGAGUUAGUCACAGUGGAGAUGCCAGACUGAAGCUACAGGGAGAGAAAUGACCAGCAUUUUUAAACAUGCCAAGUUCCUUCAUGGUCAUUAAAAUACUUCCCAAGUAUAGUUACUGUGGAUAUAUACAAAAUCUGGCAGUCAAUUUACACAUGCAAAUUACCCCGAACAAAAGCUCUGUGAUAACGAUGGAUAAUCUAUUCUAGUAAUGUCGACUAAAAGUAUAAUUACAGGGCAUGCAUUGUUUUAGCAACAUCAAUUUGAUGUUUUUACCUACGUAUUGUAACAUCAGCAAUUCAGCAAUUCCUCAAGUGAGUGCACUGGAGCCUUUGCAUUAAUUUGUAAAUGGAGUUGGACAUGAGCUCUUAGCUUUCAAACUUAAUGUUACUAAAUGAUCCAAGGCUAAAAAUAAUGGAAAAGUAAAUGUCUUUUAGUCUACAAGACACAAGAACAGAGUUAGACUGUUCAACUCAUCAGGUCUGCUCUGCCAUUCCAUUAUGGCUGAUUUAUUUUCCUUUCUGCCUUCUCCCUGUAUUCUUUGAUGGCCUUACUAAUUGAGAAACUAUCAAACUCCACUUUAAAUAUACCCAACGAGUUGCCUUCCACAGCCGUCUGUGGCAAUGAAUUCCACACUCACCACUUUCUAGCUAAAGAGAUUCUCCUCUUCUCUGUUCUUAAGGGACAUGCACUUCAUUAGAAGAAAUGAAAGUGUUGACUUUUUUUCUGAAUGGAGAGAAAAUACAAAAAACUGAGGCGCAAAGAGCCCUUGUGCAUGAUUCGCUACGGGUUAAUUUGCAGCUUAAGUCUGUGGUGAGGAAGGCAAAUGCGAUAUUAGCAUUCAUUUCAAGAGGACUAGAAUAUAAAAGCAAGGAUGUAAUGUCGAAACUUUAUAAAGCACUGGUGAGGCCUCACUUGGUGUAUUGUGAACAGUUUUGGUCCCCUUAUCUUAGAAAGGAUAUGCUGAAACUGGAGAGGAUUCAAAACAGGUUCACAAAAAUGAUACCAGGUUGAACGGCUUACGAAGAGUGUUUGUUCGCUCUGGGCCUGUAUUCACUAGAGUUGAGAUGAAUAAGGAGUGACCUCAUUGAAACCUCUGAAAUGGUGAAAGGCCUUGAUAGAGUGGAUGUGAAGAGGAUGUUUCCUAUGGUGGGAGAGUCUAAAACCAGAGGACACAGCCUCUGAAUAGAGGGGUGUCCUUUUAGAAUGGAGAUGAUGAGGAAUUUCUUUAGCCAGAGAGUGAUGAAUCUGUCGAAUUUGUUGCCACAAGCAGCUAUGGAAGCCAAGUCUUUAUGUAUAUUUAAGGCAGAGGUUGAUAGAUUCGUGAUUGGUCAGGGCAUGAAGGGAUACAGGAAGAAGGCAGAAGAUUGGGGCUGAGAGGAAAAUUGGAUCAGCCAGGAUGAAAUGACAGAGCAGUCUCGAUGGGCCAAUUGGCCUAAUUCUGCCCCUGUGUUUUACGGUCUUAGAAAGCCUUAGCAUUACAUCCUUGUUUGUUUUUAUAUUCAUAUCCUCUUGAAAUGAAUGCUAACAUUGUGAUUGCCUUCCUUAUCACUGACUCAACCUGAAAGUUAACCCUUAGAGCAGGGGUUCCACAGACCCCUUGGUUAAUGGUAGGGGGCCACUGCUUAAAAAAAAGGUCGUGAAUUCCUGCUUUAGAGAAUCCUGCACUAGGAUUCCCAAGGCCCUCUGUACCUCCAAUUUCUGAAUAUGCUGCCCAAGAUGAAAAUAGUAUUUUUCUUUAUUCCUUCUACCAAAGUGAAGAGCCAUUCACUUCCCUAAACUAUAUAUCACCUCCAGCUUCUUUGCCCAUUCUGCUAAUCUGUCCAACUCCUUCUGUGGACUCCCUGCUUCCUUAACAUUGCUAUCCCUUCACCUCUCUUUGUAUUGUCUGCAAACCUGGCCACUUUUCCCUGCCAACCCUUGCAGCUUUCAAUGGGGUUAGUUGGUCCCCCAAUUUCUGCCAAAACAUUGGUCGGGCAAGAUUUCCCCUCAGGGGAACCAUGCAGACUCUUUUUUUAUCAUAUGCAAGCACACAGAAACCUUAUUCUUAAUAAUUAAUGGUGAUGAUAAAUCUCUGAAUAACUGCUGAUACUAAAUAAGACUUUACAAAACCAAAAGUUAUGUAGUCUCAGGAUAAAUUAAAAUAGGGCUGUUGCCUUACAGCUACUGAAACCCAGGUGUGACUUUGACCUCUGAUGCUGUCCUUGUGGAUAUAGCACAUUCUCUCUAUGAUCAUGUGGAUUACUUUCGGGUGCACAAGCUUUCUCUCACUGGCCAAAGCCGUUGUUGGUAGAUUAUUUAGAUACUGUAAAUUGCCACUAUCAAAGUUAGGCAGCAGAAGAAUCAGGGAGGGAAGCAGUACACUUCAUGGGAAUGUGAGGAGAAGUGGUAUUAAUAUAAAUGGGUGCUUUAUUAUCAGCAUAGACUUUGUCAUUUUGUUUUAAAUUCACGUUUCUUCAAAUAUAAUUAAAUAUUAUGAGGGAGUAUGUAUUUAAUUUUUAAAUUUAUUGCUGAAAUUGUCAUGGUUUUGUGAUUGUGUUGGCGUGUGGCCUAGUGGAUAAGGCAUUGGUCUAGUGAUCUGAAGGUCACGGGUUUGAGCCUCAGCUGUGGCAGCAUGUUUGUGUCCUUGAGCAAGGCACUUAGCAACACAUUGCUCUGCGACGACACUGGUGCCAAGCUGCUUGGGUCCCAGUGCCCUUCCCUUGGGCAACAUCAGUGGUGUGGAGAGGGGAAGGCUUGCAGCUUGGGCAACUGCCGGUCUCCCAUACAACCCUGCCCAGGCCUGCGCCCUGGAAACCUUCCAAGGCGCAAAUCCAUGGUCUCGCAAGAUUAAUGGAUGCCUAUUAUUAUUAUUUGUGAGGAUGCUAUUUAAAUGCAGAAAGACACAUACAUUUGUUACAAUUUUAGGUGAUCAUCAGAAAAGUAAUUUUAGGGAAUGAUUACAUCUUAGUUGCAAAAUGGUUGAGGACUAUGGUGCAAAAUUGAAACAUAGAAAUUAAGAGGUUGAAGUUAGAUUUGUAAAACCUAAUAGAUGUGCAGAGGAAAGAUAGAGUGAGAGAAAUAAGAUUUCCUGUGGGUUUGAGAUGACAGAAAUACUGUGUAGAGCAGGAAGCUGAGGGGUGAGUCCUCAGUUAGAAGCCCAGAUUUUGCAAUCAGCAGCAAAGCUUCAUUGCACCAACUGGUCACCCACUGCUUCUUGAAAUUUAUGGUUCUGGGAGAUCCUACUCAGCACAGUAUCCAAUUCAGAUUUGUGACCAAUAUGACUGAAGAAUCCUCUCUUAGGCUCACAGAAUCCAAAACCAGGUAGGUAUAAAUUAGAACAGUCAAUGUAAAGUCAUGAAUGUAAAAUGAAUUUAAAGAAAGAUAGGUGGAAAUGUCAGGAAAGAACAGAUAUAAAUUAGAGCGAGAUAAAAGAGGUACUGUAUGGCUAAACAGUUACUGACACAUUUCUAAAGAACAGGUUAGUAGGUUAUUUGGUCACAUGGGUGUAAUAGUGCCGUGCAGUGGGCCAGAGAGGCCUGCUACCAUGCUGUAUCUCUAAAUAAACACAUGCAUAUUACAAGUUUUGAAGUACAUAUACUUUGAUCUGGAUGAUGGGGUGGUAAAUUGGAUUAGUAAGUAUGUAGAUGAUACUAGGAUAGGUGGCAUUCUGGAUAAUGAAGUAGGUUUUCAAAGCUUGCAGAGAGAUUUAGGCCAGUUAGAAGAGUGGGCUGAAAGAUGGCAGAUGGAGUUUAAUGCUGGUAAGUGUGAGGUGCUACAUUUUGGUAGGACUAAUCAAGGUAGGACAUACAUGGUAAAUGGUAGGGCAUUGAGGAAGGCAGUAGAACAGAGUUAUCUAGGAAUAUUGGUGGAUAGUUCCCUGAAGGUGGAAUCUCACGUGGAUAGGGUGGUGAAGAAAGCUUUUGGUAUGCUGGUCUUUAUAAAUCAGAGCAUUGAGCAUAGGAGUUGGAAUGUAAUGUUAAAAUUGUACAAGGCAUUGGUAAGGCCGAAUUUGGAGUAUUGUGUACAGAUCUGGUCACCAAAUUAUAGGAAAGAUGUCAACAAAAUAGAGAGAGUACAGAGGAGAUUUACUAGGAUGUUACCUGGGUUUUAGUACCUAAGUUACAGAGAAAGGUUGAACAAGUUAGGUCUUUAUUCUUUGGAGCGUAGAAGGUUGAUGGGGGACUUGAUAGAGGUAUUUUAAAUUAUGAAGGGGAUAGAUAGAGUUGACGUGGAUAGGCUUUUUCCAUUGAGAGUAAGGGAGAUUCAAACAAGAGGACAUGAGUUGAGAGUUAAGGGGCAAAAGUGUAGGGGCAACCCGAGGGGGAACUUCUUUACUCAGAGAGUGCUAGCUGUGUGGAACGAGCUUCCAGUAGAAGUGGUAGAGGCAGGUUCGAUAUUGUCAUUUAAAAAAAAUUGGAUAGGUAUAUGGACAGGAAAGGAAUGGAGGGUUAUGGGUUGAGUGCAGGUAGGUGGGACUAGGUGAGAGUAAGCGUUUGGCACAGACUAGAAGGGCCAAGAUGGCCUGUUUCCGUGCUGUAGUUGUUAUAUGGUUAUAUAAGUUUUAGAAGUUAGAAAUUGUAUAUUAUGUACACUUAUACUGUAUCAGCUUAUUGAAAAGUGGCACCCUCAGUCAUUAUGAAUUUCAGAGUAAAUCAAGAGGAUGUGCCACGGUGGCAAGUGGCAGCCCAUUAAUCAUCUGUCCCUUGCUUCACCCUUUCUCCCUGUCUCCACCCCCAGCACUGCCACCCAUAUCGUCCAUGAACUCAAAAACAGUACUUGUAGAAAAAAAAUCACGUCACUUUUGGAGAAACUCCAAAGAGAUAAUGUUAAAGUUCAGAUAGUAGUUACUAAAGGCUCAGAUUGAUAUUGGGUUGUGUGACACAGUUUGAUUUACCAACUUAGAUAAAUACAAACAUCCUGUAUGUCCAUUGCAAAGAAAGAAGGGCAUUGGUGCUAAUGUCUUUGUCUUAUGUCCUUUUUAGUAAUCUGCAUAAGCUGCACAAAGCAAGUGUUAUUUGAAUAAAAUAUUUUCACUAUUACUGAGUAUCUCAGUGCACAGAAAGUAGAUUGAUAAAUAUUUGAAGAGUGCAAUUUCAGUUUGAGGUGUUAGGCAAUGGAGCCAUACAUUUACUGGUCGAUCUUACAUAUCAAAAAUGUACAUACGAGGGGUGAUUGAUAUGUUCAUGGCCUAAGGUAGAAGGAGUCAAUUUUAGAAAACCUA